AAAAGUUUUUGCUUGAAGACCAACCUGCUGAGUAAAAAUGAUCUACUCUGAGAGAUGACAAAAGCCUAUGUUAGGGGAUUGGGCAUGAACAUGGUGUCCCCGCGGACCAGCAAAGAUACACUGGAGAGGAAUGUACCUUUCAUACGUCUGCAGGAUGAUGCUGACCUCAGGGAAAUCUAUGAAUUUGGAAGGAAAUUGGGGCAAGGUAGCUUUGGAGUUGUUUAUGAAGCCACUCACAUUGGGACACAGACAAACUGGGCUAUUAAGGAGGUUUCCAAACCAGCGGCAGGAAGUUCAAAAUCAGAGAUGCUGGGGCAAGAAAUAAACAUUCUCAAAGAAGUGAAUCACGCUCACAUAAUACAUCUUCAGGAAGUCUACCAAACAGCAAAGAAGACUUACUUGGUUACGGAACUGUGCAGUGGAGGUGAACUGAGGCAGCUGUUGCAACGGAAAAAGUUCCUGACGGAGGAAAAAACAAAGCACAUCAUCCGUAGCUUAGCUGACGCCAUUGUCUACCUUCACAAAAGAGAUAUCGUACACCGGGACUUGAAACUCGAGAACAUUCUUGUGAAGAAUUAUCUUGGCAAGGACGAUAAUGGCAGGAUUAAUAUCAAGGUGACAGACUUCGGACUAUCGGUGAAGACAGGUGGUGUAGGGAUUGAGAACAUAAUGAAGGAAGCUUGUGGGACUCUUACCUAUAUGGCACCUGAAAUGAUGAGCGGUCGGGGUUACAGCCAGUGGUGUGAUGUGUGGAGCAUAGGAGUUGUUAUGUACAUAUUGCUAUGUGGGGAGCCUCCGUUUGUGGCCAAAACAAGGGACAAGCUCCUUGAGGAGAUAAAGAACAAAGAAGUCAAAUUUACUCAGCCCAUCUGGGACACAGUCAGUGAUUCAGCAAAGAAUAUACUGACUUGCCUUCUGAAGGCGGACCCCGCCUACCGCAUGUCCGCUAAUCAGCUACUAGAAACCCCGUGGAUCACAGGUGACACUAAUGUGCCUGAGAUGCCGUUCAAUGUGAUGGAGAUGAUGCGCAACGACCUGGAACAGAAAGAGAGAACAAGGACUCUGGAGGACUUGUCCCUCAACUCUUUUGAGGGCACACUGGACCCCACCCCGCUCCCCUGGGUAGCCUCAACAGAAACUGACAGCAACUGCGGGAGCCACACUGUGAGAGACAGCAGCUCCUGCACACCCUCCAUAUCUACCAAGCCGAUUAAAGAGAGUGGUGGCGCCGUCCAGCAGGACAAACACAAAAACAGCUCUGAAACAGCGGGACAGCCUCAACCCUCCACCACACAGUCUCAUGCCAGUGUAAAAACCUCGACACAGCCAAGUGCAAAGCAGCGCAAACCUCGGGACAAGAAGGACAUCAGUGCAGGACAGAAACCAACAUCUGAGCUCAGUAAGACAGACGACCACAGACCUUCUACCUCUGGUACAAGUAGGACUGGCACCCGCAAACUACCAAUACCCUUUCAGAAUAUAACUAAAAUACGAGCCAUAUCACAUGAGAAACAGUGA